AAAGAGAAGCGUCGAUCGUCCGUCGCGACAUUUGCUUCGCGGAACUGUUCGAUAGUAACAAAUUUAAUAAUGUUCAAGUAUCACCUAAUUGUUCUCGUUUUUUGGUGCGAAAUUCGGGGAUACGAUGUGUUGCGCACUGAAACUGACACUGACAUCGCUCUAAAUCCGCCGGCCUCGUCGCUAUAUUCAAAUAAACAAACCAGUACAGAGGAGCCGAGCACAAAAUCCGUGACUAUGAACGGGCACGCUAACUACAACGUGGGCCAGCAAAUAUUUUAUAUAUACGACAGUCAGUUCUUCAGGCGAUUAUUAUUCGAUAAGGACGACUCUCUUGUCUCUCCUGGUACUACGGAUACGCACAGGUUACACUCUUACAAACUCACCUGGAACAAGGCCCGCCAGACUUGUAUCCAGCAAGGAGGUCACUUGGCUGUUAUCAAUUCGCAUUCCGAGGAAAGGAUGCUUUCGCGUAUGCUGCGAGAGAUAAACGCAGACACGGCUUGGCUCGGUCUUCAUGAUCUUUACGAAGAGGGCGACUGGGUUACCGUCAUGGACCAGCCCAUAGAGAACACAGGGUACACCGCAUGGACAAACAAAUGGUCGAACGUACCCGACAACGCUGGUGGCAAUCAGCAUUGCGCAGUUCUAAUUAAGGAAGAGGGAAUGGACGAUGUCCAGUGUAACUCUAUGCAUUACUUCUUUUGCGAGAUCUCCGCGUAAAAUUGUUAAACGUUACGUGGAGAGUUUAUCAGUGUGACAUACGAAGCGCGUAUAAAUAAAACUUUGGCCGGCAUUCAUAGCCCGUUCUUAUUUCAAGAUCAUCCUGAGUGCUGUCUUAAGACGCUAAUACGGCUCUGUGAUUGGUUUACAACACAGUUAGACUGUACUUAAGGCGAUCCUAAGUAUAAGAACGGACUACGAUUUCCGGCCUUUAUCUUGGCAUGA